AAACCCGAAAUCAACGAAAACAGAGAUCAACAAAAAUGGAGGGUCCACUGUACAACUUUGGUUGUGGUGUAUUUCAAAACAAACACAAAGACCUUAUUUUUUGCUGGCUCCCUGGACACGAUGUUCAAGCCUGCUAGACCUUAACAAUGAUGAAUGGCAACAGUUCAGCACACACUGAGAAGUGUCGGGGCUCCCCUCUGAUGAAGAUUUCAGCAUAUGUACUUGCUCUUCGACCAUGGUCCUUCAGUGCCUCCUUAAUGCCAGUACUUUUGGGAUGUACUCUAGCUCAUAAGGCUACUGGCGAAUUUAAUAUUGUUGCACUUGUUACAACAGCACUUACAGCUUUGUCGGUACAUGCUGCUGGUAAUGUUGUCAACACUUACUUUGAUUACGUAAAAGGAAUUGACAGUAAAAAGAGUGAUGAUCGGACCUUAGUGGACCAGCUACUUUCCAAAGAUGAAAUUGUAACACUUGGCGUAAUUUUGUAUUCUGUUGGGUGUGCUGGAUUUGUUAUUUUGACUAUGGUAACAAAUGCCCGCCUAGAACACUUAGCCCUGGUGUACUUUGGAGGACUGUCUAGUUCAUUUUUAUACACUGGUGGAAUAGGCUUCAAAUAUAUUGCUUUGGGUGAUGUUAUGAUUCUCAUAUUCUUUGGUCCCAUGACAGUUCUUUUUUCAUAUAUGGUUCAAGCAGGACAUGUUCAGUGGGCCACCAUUUUAUAUGCUGUCCCCCUUGCCUUAAAUACUGAGGCAAUCCUUCAUUCAAAUAAUACUCGAGAUUUAGAAUCUGACAGUCGAGCUGGGAUUGUUACACUAGCUAUUAUCAUUGGCUCAACAGCCUCAGAAGUUUUGUAUGCUGUAUUUCUUUUUGCCCCUUAUACAAUGUUUGCUGUGUGGGGCAUGAAGUAUUCUGCUAUGCUUUUUCUGCCUCUUAUUACAAUUCCUGAGGCAUUCAGACUAGAGAGGCAUUUUAGAACAGUAAGUAAAGGGCCAAUACCAAAGAGGACUGCUAAACUCAAUGCCUAUCUAGGCUUUCUUUAUGUGUUAGGAUGUGCUCUCUCAGAUCCUGCAAAAUUGCCAUAUAUUCUCUGAUUUUUAUGAAGGCUGCAAAUAGAAUACAGUAUUUGUAAUUUUUUCCGAGACUUGGCAGCAGUUUUUUCAUGAUUGUUUGUGGUCCUUAACUUUAUUAUUUGCUAUAUUUUUAUAGUAAGGAUAUGCCUUAGCAAAUACAUAAUCAAGAAUUUUAUGAACUAAUGGCAUGCCUGCACCUUUGUUAUGUGGGUAUACUGGAUAUUAGUUUCAGAAGUUAGUUAAGUGGCAACAUGUCAUGUCAAACAAUGGUAGUGUUAUAAUAAUAUAGAGAAAAUUUUUAAGUUAAGGUGUGUGUUUUGUAAACUUUCUUUACAUCAUUUUGAACAUUGUCAGUUGUAUUUGCAGUGAUGUGGCUUUUGGUGUAAAAAUCUAGUUUGUCGACCUCUGUAUGUGUGAUGCAAAUUCCAUACAGGUAAUGCAUAUUAAUUGUAUUAGCUAUAUAUUUCUGACAAUUCUUAGUUCUCAGUUUUGUGAUUUGAACAUAACUGGUUCAGUUAAUGCUUUUUUUUUUUGGAAGGGGGGGGUCUUAAGACAAAGUUUCAUUGUUUUGUGUAUUUACUGCAGAUGUUAUCAGUCCCUACUGGCUUUACAUGUUGCAAUAACUGUAAUUGAUGUAAAUUUUCACAAAUAUUAAAUUUGUAAGGGUCAUUUACCACUGCUCACUAUUUUUUUGACCAAUCUAAAUGAGAUAGUUUUAUAUAUUGUCAGUCCCUGAAUUAUUGUGUUUCACUUAUCUAUGGGGGUUGUCUCCAUCUCUUGGGAAAAUCUAUACAGUAUCAAAAAGUAUGAAAAAUGUGAUUAAAGUCUCAUUUUGUGUAUCACUCAUUUCUGCAUAAUUAAACAAAUGGUAAUCUAUGAAACCCAUUCUUUCCUAUUAAACAUGUGAUGAGCAUUUUAGUUAGAAAUAUUGAUCAUCUAAAUGUAUGGUUUUGGAUAUAUUUCAUGUUUAAAUAUGCUAGGAUUAUGAAGAUGAAGUGGACCCCAUUUUUCGUCCUUAAUCCGUUCCAGAAGGUUGGUUGAAAUCCAAAAUGGACAAAAAUCAAGGUAAUAUUUCCCAUAAGAAAUACAUGUAAUGUAAAUCCAAUUACGUAAUCUGUUCCAGACACCCAAAAAUAUUAACAAAAAUAAAUUAAGUUAGUAAUAGAACUAGGCAUUAAAAAACACAAUAAAGAGUAAAAUACAUACUCAGUACAUUCAUUACUUACCUUAAAAUAUUUGUAGUCUUAAUAUAGGGCAAGAGGUGAGUAGCAUUUAUUUGUAGGAAGACAGUGUAGGUGUAGCCUGCCUGGGCUACACCUACUGGCUACCUACACUGCAGCCCAGAGCCAUAUUAUUACCAUUGACAUACCAUGUUCACUGAGUUUAAUUGUUUCUAACAAUUACCUUUAGGUGCCAUCAUGAAGAAGGGGAGAAGUAAUGAAUAAUUCAUGCCGAGAAUUGUAAACAAAAGCGUCAUGUGUGUAUUAACCCUUAAACUGUCCAAAACAUUCACCUGCGUGGUGCUCCGAAUAUUUUGAAAAAUAAAAAUUAUCAUUUUUUUUUUUAAAUUAAAGAGAGCAAUUUUCUGUGUGGUAUAAGACCAAAAAAAAAAAAAAAAAAAUUUUAGGACCAGUACUUACCAAGAUAUAAGACCGAAGUUGGCUCUGGAUACUCACCUAACAGCAACAUCCAGUCCUGCUGCUUGCAGAAGUGUUGCCGAUUUACCUUUUUUCUCAUUUUUAUUUUAAUUUAUGUAUUUUUUAUGUUCUGAUAAUUAAAAUUUAUAAUAGUUGUUGUGAUUUCAUAGCCAAUCUUUGUUCUGACACUAAUAUUAUGUACUAAAUUAGUACUCAAAUAGUAACAAUCACACCAACAGGUGAACAUUUUCAUCUGCCUGGGUCAUUUACUAUUGUCUAGAAAUAUUGUUUUUGCUGUUGCACAUAAACAUGUCUGUCUGUAUGUCUGUCUAUCUCUGUCUGUCUAUCUGUCUGCCUAGCUCUGCUUAUCUAUCUAGCCCUGUUUAUCUAUCUUUCUGUCUGCUUGUGUGUGCCUUGAGUAUAUAUAUGAAAUUCCUUGAAGAAUGGUGUUAUGACAAGCAUCAGAUAACAGGUGACAGCCAGUGACAUUUGAUGAAUGAGUUGCUGUAGGGAACCCUCCCUUUAUUUGUUGAUGAAUGUGAGUUGCUGCAGGGAACCCUCCCUUUAUUUGUUUUCGCUGUUGCACACAAACGUGUCUGUCUGUAUGUCUGUCUAUCUGUCUGUUAUCUGUCUGGAGUAUAUAUGAAACUCCUUGAAGAAUGGUGUUAUGUCAAGCGCAAGAUGACCGGUGACAGCCAGUGACAUUUGAUGGAUGUGAGCUGCUGCAGGGAAUCCUCUGUUUUCGCUGUUGCACACAAACAUGUCUGUCUGUAUGUCUGUCUAUCUGUCUGUUUAUCUAUCUGUUUAUCUGUCUGCCUGUGUGUGUCUGUCUUUUCAUCUAUUUGUCUCUAUCUCAGGGAGCGGCUGGUAAACCUGUUGGUUUUUGGUUUAUGAGCCACUCCCUGAUUGCUGAGCAAGUGACACUGCUAUUACUUGUGUCAUGUUUAUUUAUGUCUUAUAUCUACAAACACUAUAUAGCACUUUGUCUGUAAUUUUUGGGUUAUCCUAAGUAAUUUACACUUUGUAUAAUAACUGUACUUAUGUGUACAUGUGAGAGAGAGAGAUAAGACAGAUAGACAGAGAUAUAGACAGAUAGACAGAGAUAUGGACAGAUGGAGAUAUAGACAGACACAGACAGACAGUCAAAGCCAGCCAGCCAGCCAGCUGACCAGUCUACCGAAUACAUAAGAACAUAAGAAAGAAGGAACACUGCAGCAGGCCUACUGGCCCAUGCCACCCAUGUCACCCCUCCCAGCUUAGACUAAUUGACCCAGCUAGCCGGGUCACAUCCACUGAAGGAAAGAGCACGGCAUGUGACCUAGUAGCACAAGCUAGUCAGGUUCAACUCACAUCCACUCAUGUAUUUAUCUAACCUAUUUUUACUUUCCUCUUAAAAUGAGUGUUAAUAUGACAUCAGUGAAUCUCUGGUGUUUGCUACGCUAUUUGCUCUAACUGGCACUCAGUUGAACUGGUGCUCCCACAAGGUGCUAAGUGGUCCCCAAUUUUUUUCAUACUGCGCACGCUGAGUGUGCAGACCCAAUCUUUCAUGUCUAGGUUACUCAGGCCUAUUGCACCAAAUUUGAAGGAAUGAAAAAUAAAACGUACAUCUACGUACAGAGCACUGCGCACGUGCAUGUAGAUCUACGUGUGGACAGUUUAAGGGUUAAUUGAGGGCGGUGACUGGGCCAACGCAGAUUCAUACACGGUUUCUCUAAUGCUGAACCGGAGAAAAACGUAAUGUUAUCCCUCCACCGACUACCACCCCUCCAUAGCAUAUAAACAUUGCAUGUUUAUAUGCUAUGUAAUGUGUUUCUUAUAUAAUUUUAAAGAAAAUAUCAUAGAUGGAUUAAUGAAAAUUUCUAUAUUAACGUAAAUCAAGACAUUUAAUGUGCUCAAGAGUGAUUACUGUAUUAUUACAUAUUAGUAUUAUUACUAUGGCGUUAAGACUGGAGGGACACUCUUAGUAAACGAGUAACAAAGGCAUGUUUAUGCACUAUGUAACAUGUUUCUUAUAAAAUUUUGAAAAAAAUAUCAGACGAAUUAAUGAAAAUGUCUGUAUCGAUGUAAAAUAAGACAUUUAAUAUGUCCAAGAGUGAGUCAAGAACCUAUGAGUGGCCUAGGCGGAUGCAUCUGGUAUGGACAAUUUCCGAGCGGAUGCAUGAAACCCAGGGUAAAAUUUCGCCGAAAAAAGUGGUCGAAAUCCGAAUUGUAUGAUUUCCGCACAGGAUGAAAUCUGGGGGCCCACUGUAUAGCAUUUUCAAACAAAAAAAAAAAAUCAUUACAGUACUUUGAUAAGAAUAUGAUUUAAAAUUCAAGGUUUUGUUCUUUGUAGCAUACUACAAAUUAUGAAAAUUUAUUUCAAUUUGUUGGUACCUUAUCCCUGAAUCCCUUGCUAACUUAAUAAUUUAUUAAUGCAAACAGGAAUCAAAAACACUUGUGUUUUCCAUUUCCAUGUACAGUGCAGUAUUAUCACUGUGCAAAUCAUCAGUACAAGUAUAUGAAGCUAUAUUAUGUACGGCGAUAAUACUGCACUGUACAGCACAUGAAAAUGGAAAACUCAAAUACAUAAUAUAGCUUCAUAUACUUGUACUGAUGAUUUACACCAAUUAUAGCCAUAAACUAGUGAUUAAUAUGAAGUAUAGAGUCAGAAAUUCUUUCAAAAUAAGACUAGUCUUGCAGUACUGGAUCAAAAUGAAAAACUUCUUGUUACUAAUUUAAUGGCUUUAUAGCACUCUUCUUUUUGUAUGUAUGAGCUUACCUAUGUACAUUUGCUACAAUUAAUUUUGUUCAACAAUUUCAGCACAAAUAAGUAACUGUGAAUGAUAAAUUAUGAAAUCCAUUCUUCCACUGAGUGUUGAGGACCUGCACAUAUAUUCUUUCCUGAUUAUGUACGUAUUGUUAGGCAUACAGGAGCUAGCUUUACCCUUUAUUAUAGAAAAAUGGCUGAGCUGAGCAAGGUACAUUUGUGUUUCAUGCAAAAAAAAAAAAAAAAGUGUUCAGUAGUUAUUAUAGUUGACUUUUGAUUUAAACCAAAAGAAUUGAACAAAAUAAUAAUAUCCAACAUUAGUUUGGAUCAGAAAAAGAUUUUGUAUUUAAGAUUAUCACAUAUCACUAUAAAGCAGGAAGAAUUUGGCAAAAUCUGUUGAUGAUUUUGUUUAAGAUUCACUAUACUGUUUACAGCUGUAGUUGAUUCCCCUUUAACACACUUCUCUUUUAUGAUGCCUUUGUAUCUUAAUAUCAUUCUAGUUUUUUAUUAAGUAAAAGAACAAAAUAAGUAAAGAGAUUUGUGGAUGUUUCAUUAUUUGAGGUUCAGAGAGUUCCUACUGGAAUGAUAAAAUGAGGUUACCAUAUGGUUCACUUGGUUAGAGGCAGAGGUAUGUAAGGUUAACUCGUUGAAGCUUUUAACGAUGAUGAAAAGUGAUAUUUGGUCUCAGGCCUCAAUAGUAAUAAAAAUUUAUAUUGUGUAAUUAUAUAAUUAAGCCACCAAAGAUUUUCAACUAAAUGACAUUGACUGUAACAAUAAAAUAUGAAAUGAGUUGCAGCUUGUGAUGAAUGAUUUGUGCUAUAAGAUAGUUUAUUAGAAAAAAAAAAAUAGAAAAAUUGUGGAACAUGCCCAAGGGACACAGGUGUCACCACUUGCCUGUAUGUGAAUAAAAUUAAAAAAAAAAAAAAUGUCAAUCUCUCUCUAGUUUCUAUAGGCUAAUAACUCUGUAGAUUGCUUUUACAUGAAUUAAGUUGAGAAAAAUUUGUUUGGUUUAAAUUUUCAUGGAAAUUCAUAUUCAUAAUUAACAACAAAUAGUUGUUUUGUUUGACAGAGAAUAUUUUUUGUUACAUUAUGUACUGCUGCAGUUAUGAUGUCCAUUUCAUACUAAUUUGAAAAUGUAAGAGGGAGUCUUAAAUAUCAUUCUUCUUCUUUCAACAAACUGGCCAUAUCCCCCGGCCGUAUGCAUUUAACUGUUCAUCACAUAGAUCUGUGGCCUCCUGGGGAACUGGAUAUGACAUAGAUUAGCAAAUUAAUGUCUGAGGGCCUAAUAUAAGUGAGAUUUGUAAUUUAUAUUGAGCGAACAUCUUGACUAAUGUGCCAAAUUUGUAUUUAGUAAAAAUCUAUUGUGCAUGUGUUUUGUGCUGCACCAGGAAUGUUUUGUAGUAACUAGGUGGUGAUCAUGGUGAGAGGAUGCUGUAGUGUUAUUGUAUUAUGUUGUGGUAUCUCAAACAGUAUUGAUAGUUGUCCACUAAGGAUAUUUAAGAUAUACAGUAAGAGGGUUUGAUGAAGGUAGAAAAUAAAAUAUAAAUAAAACCCUACUAGAUGUCAUGGCAAGAUAUGAUGAUUUAUAGGUAAUGAA